GGGGAUCUGGUGUUUGGAAAUGCAACGUGCUAAGCAACCAGUAGCGAUCCUCAUCCAUCCUUCCUCUCUCUCUCUGUGAAUAAAGUCUGCCUUUUUAUUGUUGGCAGCUCAGUGUGAGCAUGUGGUUACAGUCUCCGUGCUGACGUCAAGGACUUGCUGGGGGAGGAGGGGGUUUUGGAGUUUAUUACCCGGGGACAGAGGGCAGAGCCUGGGCUUUGGAGCGCCAGGAGUCCGCCUCUGCAAGUCCUGGGAGCCAGACACAUUCCCCAAACCCCUGGGCUCCCUUCAAACACGCCAGCCCCUUCCACAGCAGCCGGGAGACCGAGAGACCGACACAGUGACCCAGUCCCACUGAGGAUCGUCUUUAAAAGUCGUAAGAUUGGAGCUCUGUCGACGCGGUGAUGGUUCUCCAGUCACUAUGGUUCGCAUUUGGAAUAUUAGCGGUGAACUUGACUACAGCGGCUGGAUCUGAAGUAACUGGGAGCCCAGCAGUUUUGCAGAGGUUUGCCGCCCUGGGGCAGGAGUUCAGGCUGGUGACUCCACUCAGGACAGACUCCGAGGGUCGCUUCGUGUCCCACCUAGUAUCGGGCUCUCAAGUCAGGCGGAAAAGGCGGAGUGGCCCUGCGCCCUGGCCAGGGAGUCCCGGGCAAGAGAGCCAAGCUGAGCCUCACCCACUGUUCUUCAAUGUCACCGUCUUUGGCCAGAGCUGGCAGCUCAGACUGGAACCUAGCUACCGGCUCGUGGCCCCAGGAGCCAAGUUGGAGUGGCAGGAAGAUGGACAAAGUCACACACAGCCACUGAGUGAGGACUGCAUCUAUAGUGGGGGCAUCAGCCACAUCCCUGAGGCCACAGUAGCCAUCAGCAACUGCGAUGGACUGGCUGGAAUGAUCCGAACAGAUCAGGAGGAAUAUUUUAUUGAACCACUAGAAAAGGGCAAACAAUCUGAAGAGGAGGAGAAGGGUCGCGUUCAUGUAGUGUACCGCAGAUCAGCUGUACAGCAUUCAAAUCCCGAAAACGCUGGUGACUUUUAUCAAACAGGUUCAGAGCUCGGUGUGGCUGGUGAUCUGGACAACAUGUAUGACAACCUUGACAAGGAGCUGGCUGAAACGAUGAGGAGGCGGAGACAUGUGAACGAUGGCAACUACAACAUCGAGGUGCUUUUGGGGGUGGAUGACUCCGUGGUUCGGUUCCACGGGAAAGAACACGUCCAGAACUACCUCUUGACUCUAAUGAACAUAGUUAAUGAGAUUUACCAUGAUAAAUCACUGGGAGCCCAUGUAAAUGUUGUGCUAGUACGAAUGAUCAUGCUGGGAUAUGCAAAGUCCAUCAGCUUGAUUGAAAGAGGAAAUCCGUCUCGAAGCUUGGAGAAUAUCUGUCGCUGGGCCAACUCUCAGCAAAAAGCAAACCCGAACCAUUCGGAACACCAUGACCAUGCCAUCUUUUUAACAAGGCAAGAUUUCGGUCCAGCGGGUAUGCAAGGGUACGCUCCAGUGACUGGAAUGUGCCACCCAGUUCGCAGUUGUACUCUAAACCAUGAGGAUGGCUUCUCUUCAGCGUUUGUAGUUGCUCAUGAGACUGGUCAUGUCCUGGGAAUGGAACACGAUGGCCAAGGAAACCGGUGUGGAGAUGAAACCAGCAUGGGAAGUGUCAUGGCACCCUUGGUCCAAGCUGCAUUUCACCGUUUUCAUUGGUCUCGGUGCAGUGGACAAGAGCUCAAGCGAUACCUUCAUUCUUAUGACUGUCUGCUGGAUGACCCAUUUGAACAUGAUUGGCCCAAACUUCCUGAACUGCCAGGGAUCAACUAUUCAAUGGAUGAACAAUGCCGCUUUGAUUUCGGAGUGGGUUACAAGAUGUGCACAGCUUUUCGCACCUUCCAUCCGUGUAAGCAACUAUGGUGCAGCCAUCCUGACAACCCAUUCUUCUGCAAGACAAAGAAAGGGCCUCCUUUGGAUGGAACAGAAUGUGGCCCUGGAAAGUGGUGCUACCAGGGUCACUGUUUAUGGAAGACUUCAGAGCAGGUAAAGGUGGACGGCAGUUGGGGUCCUUGGAGCAAACUUGGGUCCUGCUCUCGAACUUGUGGCUCUGGUGUCCGCUUUCGAACCCGACAGUGCAUUAAUCCAGCGCCUGCAAAUGGUGGUCAGGAUUGUCCUGGUGUAAACUAUGAAUACCAACUGUGUAACAAAGAAGAUUGCCCACGUCAUUUUGAAGAUUUCCGAGCACAGCAGUGUCAGCAACGUAAUUCAUACUAUGAAUAUCAGAAUGCUAAACACCACUGGCUUCCAUAUGAACAUCCUGACUCAAUAAAAAGAUGCCAUCUCUACUGCCAAUCCAAGGAAAUGGGAGGAGUUGUCUACAUGAAACAGUUAGUCCAUGAUGGUACUCGUUGUUCCUAUAAAGAUCCAUACAGCAUCUGUGUAAGAGGUGAAUGUGUGAAAGUGGGAUGCGAUAAAGAAAUUGGCUCAAACAAAGUGGAUGACAAAUGUGGAGUGUGUGGUGGGGACAAUUCCCACUGCAGAACAGUGAAAGGAACAUUUACCAGAACACCAAAGAAGUCAGGCUACUUAAAGAUGUUUGAGAUCCCAUCUGGUUCUAGACAUGUGUUCAUCCAAGAAGACGAGGUUUCUCCUCACAUUCUUGCUGUCAAGAACCAGGCUACGGGUCACUACAUCCUGAAUGGGAAAGGAGACAAACCCAAAACAAAGGUUUUUAUUGAACUGGGCAUAGAGUGGGCAUACACCAUGGAGGAUAACAUUGAAACUCUGCACACAGAUGGUCCAUUGCAUGAUCCUGUUGUGAUCCUGAUAAUCCCUCGGGAUAAUAGUACAAAAUCUACUCUCACCUAUAACUACAUUAUCCAUGAAGACUCCUUACCAACCAUCAGCAACAAUAAUGUACUUCAAGAAGAUGUCCAUGCCUUUGAGUGGGCUUUGAAGAACUGGUCCCAGUGUUCCAAACCAUGUGGUGGAGGUUUUCAGUACACAAAGUAUGGAUGCCGUAGAAAGACUGACAAUAAAGUGGUUCAUCGUAACUUCUGUGAUGCAGAUAAGAAACCAAAACCUAUCCGCAGGAUGUGUAACCUGCAGGAGUGCACAUUGCCUGUUUGGAUAGCAGACGAAUGGGAACACUGCACAAAAUCCUGUGGGAGUUCUGGAUACCAACUGCGUACUGUUCGCUGUGUGGAGAUGACCAAUGGAAGGAAUCACUCAGUGCACAGUAAAUACUGCACUGGAGAGCGGCUGGAGAACCGCCGAGCUUGCAAUCGUAAACCCUGUCCGGCACAAUGGAAGACCGGACCCUGGUUAGAGUGUUCUGUUACAUGCGGUGAAGGAAUUGAACAAAGACAGGUCAGAUGUCGUCCAAAUGACCAAUGCGAUGGUGAGAAACCAGAAGCUACAAGAGUCUGCAAACGUCCCCCUUGUGGUGAUGAGCCUUGCCUGCGAGAUAAGUCUAUAUUCUGUCAGAUGGAAGUGCUAGCUCGCUAUUGCUCCAUCCCAGGCUACAAUAAACUCUGCUGUGAGUCGUGUAGCAAGCGCAGUAGCACCCUGCCUCCCCCCUUCUUCACUGGUGCUGCGGAAAUAGAGGCUGAAAUGGCAGAAUCUGACCACAAGAUGACACCAACUCACCCUCCUGAUUCCACAUCCAGGAGCAGAAGUUUGCAAGGCAGCAGGUUAGCCAGAGAAAAGAAUACCAAGCCUAGAGCAGUCACUCCAGGACGAGGCAAAACAAAAGGCCCAAACUCUUCCCAGAAAAAGACACCUGCGGUUGGUUGGCCUCACAGAUUGGUGGCUUCACAGUAUCAGCCUCAUUUAUUUCAAGACGAUCCUAUUGCCAUCGGCAACAGCUCCACAGCUACCCAUGCAUCAAUUGGAGUGGCAGAGUCAUCAGAGAGAAAUGCUGCAUCACAAUCUCCUGAGGCAGAGACAUGAAGUAAGGUUCUUGUGUCUGAUACAUCUGAGGAAAAAAAAACAACCAUUCAACAAGAAUCAAUUAUAGACAUCAUGGUGCACGUCCGAUUUGAAAAUGACUUUCUGCAUUUUCAGUGAACCUAAACUGUCAAUCUUUUCUCGAAAAAGAAUUACUUUGAAGUCGUGAAGUGCUGGCACUUUGCUCCAUGUCAUUAAAUUGGCCAACAUCCAAUUUUUUUUGGGAUCACUUAAACAAAGACCAAAGAUUUUUCCAAUGAAGAGGAGAUAUCCAGGUUUGCUGGUGUUGCCUUUGUAAAGGAUUAUGACUACAUUUUACAUAUCAUCUGAUGUUAAAAGAAUCAAAGUAAGGAAUCAAGUUGAGAUGCUCAAUUUCUUUGAGUUUACGGUGUCAAGUUGUUACAAAUAGUAUUCAGUCAAGUGUAAGUGAAUUAGAUAUUAUUUAAGGCAUUUGCGGCUGUUCUGUAAAUACUGUGUAUGUAAGUCAGUAUUAUAUUUCAAGUAUGCAAAUUGUUUUGUGAGUUUUUUUUUACCAAUGUUACAUAACCAUUUCUAAAUUUCAGUAUAUAUUAGGUAUUGAAAAACUGCCAUGGACCAGGCAAGAAUUACUGGUCCUUUUACAAUUUUAAUUUGGCAGUAACUACAGACAGAUUUCCCAAUCCUUUUGGUGCUAGUCAAAAUAUAUUGCAAAUCUAAAAUAAGUGUUGAUUUGGAAUUACUCAGCAGGUCAGUAUACACCCACGCAAACAAAGGUGUGUGUAGUUUUCUGGUGAACAUUUACAUUGAAAAGAGGAUAUCUGAUGAGUUUCCUUCCAGGAAGCGAUGGAUUUGCUGGACCUUUCCAGAAUUUUCUCUUUUUCUUUAUCUUGUUGGGCAGAUCAACAGUUUGUAGCCAGUUAUUGACGCUGGUACGUAGAAACACAGCAGAGAGGAGCAGGAAUAGGCUAAUCAACAUGAUCAUGGCUUAUCAACAAGUUCACUGCUCUGAGCCUGCCCUCCCCACAAAUUGCUUGAUCCCUUCAGCCCCAAGAGCUGUAACUACCUCUUUCUUGAAAACACAUAUAUUUUGGCCUCAACCAUUUCCUGUAAUAGUAAAUUUCACAGGCUAACCAUAUUCUCGGUAAAGAAAUUUCUCCUCAUCUCAGUCCUAAAAAGUUUACCCCUUAUCCUUAAACCAUGGCUCCUGGUUCUGGAUUCCCUCACCAUCAGGAACAUCCUUCCUGUAUCUAACCUGAUAGAAGACCAGUUAGGAUUUUAAAGUUUUCUCUGAUAUCCCACCUCUCCACCUCCUUCUAACUGCCAGUGAAUAUAAUUCUAACUGACUCAAUCUCUCCUCAUAUAUCAGUCCUGCCAUCACAGGAAUCAAUUUGUUAAAACUUCAUUGUGCUCCCUCUGUGAUAUCCUUCCUCAGUUAAGGAGCCCAAAGCUGCACACUGUAUUCCAGGUGUGAUCUCACCAAUGCCCUGUAUAUUACAGCAAGACAUCCUUGUUUGUGUAUUUGAAUCCUCUCGCUAAGAAGGCCAACAUACAUAGAGCAUAGAACUAUACACUACAGGAAUGGGCCCUUCGGUACAUGAUAUGGUGAACAUGAAGCCAAAUUAAACUAAUCCCUUCUACCUACCCUUGGUCCAUAUCCCUCCAUUCUUUGCAUCUUCAAAUGCUUAUCUAAAAGUCUCUUAAAAGCCCCUCUUCUAUCUCCUUCCACCACCACCACCCCUGGCAGUGUGUGCCAGGCUCCUACCACUCUCUGUGUAAAAAACAUGCCCCUCAUAUCUCUUUUGAACAUUCCCCCUCUCAUCUUAAAUGCAUGCUCCCUAUUUUUAGACAGUUCAACUCUGGGAGAAAGAUUCUGACCAUCAACCCUAUCUAUGCAUCUCAUAAUUUUAUAGACGUCUGUCAAGUCGCCCUUCAGCCUCUGCGCUCCAGAGAAAA